AACAAAGAUCUACCUGGUGUGACUUUUAAUUGUCUUAGCUAAGUGAUUUGAGAGAAGUUAGAAGUGAAUCUAUAUAUAUAGCACUGUUAUUCAUGGUUUUUGAGACAGCAUUAUGAAGUUGCUAUUUGCUGCAUUCAUUGUACUAGCUGAACUAGCUAGUUUAAAAGCUACUUUUGUACAUUACCACAUAGUCCCUGAGAACUCCACUGCUCUGUGCCAGUACUACCACAAUGGAACCUGCUUCACACUAGACCACCUCCGCACUAAAAUUAAGAACUCAGGAACGAACAUUACGAUCAGCUUUCUCUCGGGAGAUCACCGUCUAACAUGGAACAUGACACUAAACUAUACCGUAGUCAUUCUGAACAGCGAGCAGAGUGCGAUGACAGUAACAAAUCGGAGUUCUCAGAUUUCAAGAAUCAUAUGCAGACCAUACACACAGAUUGCUUUUAUAGAAAUUAAUUUGUUUAUUUUACAUGGAUUGGUGAUACAAGGAUGCAGAAACAGCGGUAAUGGUGGUGCUAUCUAUCUGAAAAGUGUUCAAUUGGCUACCAUUGUCGAGUCGUAUUUUGUUGAUAAUCAAGCAAUUCGUGGGGGUGCAAUUUAUUCAACCCAAACAGAUUUGACUAUACAAAACAGUACUUUUAUUCACAAUUUAGCCACCUCUGGCGGUGUGAUUGCAGUGAGAAGUGGUAAUUGUUCAAUCACCAAUUCUCACUUUGUCAGGAACCAGGCUACUUUACAAUAUACCUAUGGAGAAAAUAAUGGCGGCGCUAUACACAUUUACAGUGACGUUGACCACACCUGUAUAGCCGAUACAGAAUUCAUUGGAAACAAGGCUCUUAAAUCUGGAGGUGCAAUCUCAAACAAUUUACAGGGUACUACCCGCAUUAUGGGGUGUUCCUUCAAGAAUAACAGUGCUACUAGUGGGGGAGCUAUUAGCACUAUCUCAUCACUACUGAGCACAAACAAUGUGUUUCAGAACAACACAGCAAGAAACGGAGGUGCCAUAUAUAUUGAUCUUUAUGAUAUCAACGCAGAAGUGGUGUUCUCUGGUAACACAACACUCAGUAACAACACUGGUAUGUAUGGAGGAGCAAUUAGAAGCGCUGCUAGUAAAAUUGUAUUUUUAAUGAAUUCAACAGUUGUGAUCAGUCACAAUAUAGCUAGACACGGUGGUGCGAUAUAUUUGGAACAAAGUAUUAUACAUGUAAACAAUGUACAGACGAUUCAAAUUGUUGAAAACACAGCACAGAGAUCAGGAGGGGGGAUCUACGCUUUUCAGACCUUAAUUGAAAUUCAGGAUGUACAAGCAAACGUGAAGUAUUGCUCUGCAUACAUAGCAGGCAACAUGGCCAAAAAUGGAAGUGGAAUGUAUCUUAGUGCAUCAAGUUUCCGGAUAGCACUACAACGCAAUCUAGUAAUCUACAACAACAGUGCCACACAAUAUGGUGGUGGUGUAUACGUGGAACAGCGCUCAAGAAUCAAUAUACAGCAUUUAAGCAGUGCCGAAAGAAGUAAAGUUUUUGCUAUCGUAAGUAGUAACAAAGCUUUGCGUGGAGGAGGUGUGUUUGUAUUAGACAGUGCGAGUGGGCUGGCUUGCGAAGGAAUAAACUCAUCGUCAGACUUACACUCUAAGGAAUGCUUUCUACAAACAGCAGAACGAUUCUCAGAUCCAGGAUCCCAAAUCAUGAUACUAUUUGUGAAGAACAAAGCUACAGAAAUUGGCAAUGACAUUUAUGGUGGACUUUUGGACAGAUGUCUUAUAAAUCCUUCAGCUCCGAAACAUCCUGACGGCACUUCGUACUUGCAAAAAAUAGCUGGAUUUGACUGGGCUGGUAACGAUACUGUAACAUCUGCUGGCUGUCUCACAGAUCCAAGAGUUACCUACGGGAAUGUUGCCGAGACUUCUCAAUUUUUUAACCAUGUUUCUUCUGACCCAGUUAGAAUUUGUUUCUGUACAGACAUUCAUUUACCAGACUGCUAUAACAAACAUCCACAUCCCACUGUGUCAGUAAAAAAAGGAGAGACGUUUACACUUAGUGUAGUUGCUGUGGACCAGGUGGGCAGGCCAGUCAAUGCCAUGAUCAUCAGUUCACUCCAUUCAGAAAAUAGAGGAAAAGGACGACUAAAGGAAGGACAGCAACAUCGACGAAUAAAUAAUAACUGCACAGAGCUCAAGUACAAUUUGUACUCUGAUCAAAAUUUGGCAUCACUAGAAGUUAACUCGAUCGGUCCUUGUGGAAAUGAGGGAAUAUCAAAGCAACAAGUAAACAUUGCAUUUAAACCUUGCUCAUGCCCAAUAGGAUUUGAAAUUCUUUCAGAUCCAAUAGACUGCUUGUGUGACUGUGCAAAUGAACUCAAGCAAUACAUCAGUAGCUGCUCACCAGAGAAUGGCACCAUUCAAGUCAACCAAAAUGUUUGGAUCAAGUACAUCAACAACACCAACUUUACAUCACAUUUUAUCGCACACAGUUGUCCAUUUGACUACUUUGUGAAAAAGCCCGUUAACAUCAGCCUUGCUAAUCAAACUGAGGCAGACAAACAAUGUGCCUUUAACAGAACUGGAAUGCUUUGCGGUAAAUGUACACAAGGACUAAGUCUAGUAUUUGGUAGUACGAGAUGUCUGCAAUGUUCUAACUACUACCUCUUUUUGAUCGUACCACUCGCUAUAGCUGGUAUUGCAUUGGUAGCAUUCAUUCUGCUACUCAAUAUGACAGUUGCAACAGGGACCAUCCAUGGGCUUAUUUUUUACGUCAAUAUACUAGCAGCCAAUCGCUCAAUAUUCUUACUAUUUGACACACCAAAUUUCCUUACUGUUUUCAUUUCAUGGCUGAACCUUGACCUGGGGAUUGAGACAUGUUUCUAUGAAGGUAUGGAUUCUUAUGGCAAGUUCUUAUUGCAGCUUGUCUUCCCAGCCUAUGUGUUUACUCUAAUAGCCAUUAUUAUGCUGUGGAGCAACUGUUCUCAGCCAUUUGCACGCAUUAUUGGGAAAAGGAACCCUGAGGCUACACUCUACAUGCUGAUACUUCUAUCCUAUUCUAAACUGAUUCAAAUCAUCAUCACAGCUCUAGAGUAUGCAACUAUCAGCUAUCCAAAUGGUACUCAAAAAUUAGUCUGGAUGUACGAUGCUAACGUGCUAUACUUAGAUGUGAAACACAUCCCAAGGUUCCUAAUAGCGAUCCUCAUCUUUAUAUUUGGAACAAUCUACACUAUACUGCUCCUCUUCGGUCAACUAUUCAAUCGCUAUUCUCAGCAUAGAAUAAUGAAAUGGACUACUCACAAAUAUUACAUUCACUUCAUGAAUGCACACCAUGCUUCCCUAUCUGACAAACAUUGCUACUGGUUGGGGCUACUACUACUUUCUAGAUUAGUUUACUACCUCAUCUCUGCAUUUGCUGAUGAAUCGAUUGUCAUUUUCUUUGUUGGAACAUUGAGUUUUGCAUUGUUGCUUUAUAAGCAGAAUAAGCAAGUAUACACCAAGUGGGCUGAAGAUCUACUCGAAACUAUUUCAAUCACUAAUUUAGGCAUGUUGGCAUUAACUACAUUCUAUAUUAAAUUCUCAUUGGCAGGUGGUGAAAUAAGCAGAGAUCAACAAGCACUAGCUACUGUGUCUAUGGCGCUCGCUUUCAUUGUUUUUCUGUGUAUAGUGUUUUACCACGUUCUAGAAAUGUGUGGAAUAAAGCUGAGUCAACUACCCAACAAAAUACUAACUGUGCUCAGAUGGCACCAGCACUACCAGCCAGUUCCUAUCAGAGGAUUUGCUGAGGACAAUAAUCAUGGCACAACUCAAUACUCCACCUCUACUCCGUUCAUAAGACCUGCAGUACCUGAACACCAACUGAGAGAGCCAGCACUGGACGAACUUAGUCCAGUAAGACCAGAAGACUACGAUCCACCUCUUGCUGUGCCUCAACCACGACGCAGAGAGAUUCCCACACACACUAACAUUGAUAUUAGAUCGCAUGUGAACUACGUAUAACUAUAGAUAAAUACACAUACUGUACACAGACUUGUUGUAUCUUAAAUUUUGAAGUACGCGUAUGUAUUAUAUUAGCAGAUUUUUCGUUAUGCACUGCAAUAAUUGCCAGCUAUACUUUUCCCCUUUAACCAUGAUUCAUCUCUACCUGUGUUUCCCCUGUUCAUUUGAUACUUUUCUGUUUGCAAAUACGUCUCUCAG